GCUAGGACGUCAACUCAGCUUUGGAAUAGCGAGCUGGCAGCCCAUGCGACCUUCUCAAAAUGUUUAUAACUCCUGCUCAUUCUAUUCCAACUCGGUCUAUCAAUCAGCCAAAAAAGCGUGACCGCAACAUGCAUCAUCUCCGUGAUACACUGCUCAGUCCUUCACCAAAAGGCCCACCUGAGCUCAGCAUGGCAGGCGAUACAGUUCGAGAUCAACAAGACACGCGCGAAUGCAUCGCUCAUGGCGAGCUCAAGGAGGUUCGAGGAGCAGCCUUCUAUCAUCGAACUUCGAUCGUUACGGGGCGAUACGCAAUAUCGGAGACGGAGUAGACGCCCUGGAAGACUAUCUCCACUCCCUGUGAUACAUGUAUCACCAGCUUGGUCGCCAUACAUCACACGAAACGACAGCUGACGAUCGCUUGGUCCUCGACAUCUCCGCAUACAGGGACUUGGUCCGCUGACUAGGCCUGCGCGCGGAGUUUACGGACUCGACAUAGCUCGCACGGUUGAGGGCACGCUUUGGAAUGAUUUGCUAUUCCUGGUCACUGACAUGACCGACUAUUGGAUCAACAAUCGCGC